AUGGUCUGCAACAAACCUGGCAAGAGCGUCAUGCUCGCUGAUCCCACCCUGCUCGAAAAAAUCGACAAGCUCUUUGCCCACGGCGUUGGGGAAUACAUCAGUCUUCCUCAGCUCGUCGUGGUCGGCGAGCAGUCCAGCGGGAAAAGCUCUAUUCUCGAGGGUCUAACCAAGAUGGCGUUUCCGCGCGACAGUGGAUUGUGUACUCGAUUCGCAACACAGAUCAUCUUCCGCCGCGACUUGAAAACAGAGGGACGAAGAAUAGUCGCGUGUAUUGUGCCCGCUCCAGACGCGGACGAGAAGAGAGCGGAGAAGCUGCGUGCGUGGCAGGCUGAUGAUUUGCAAAGUCUCGAUUCUGCUGUCUUCGUGCAGAUGAUGGCGGAUGUGCAUGACUUGAUGGGUCUUUCUAAAAAGGAUGCCAAUGAUGGUUUGCCCGCGUUUUCGAGUGACGUGCUCCGCCUCGAAAUCUCUGGUCCGAAUGAACACCAUCUUAGCAUAAUUGACGUCCCUGGAACCUUUGAGAACACUACCCCUGGAUUCACGACGGACGAAGACAAAGCGAUGAUUAACAAAAUGGUCGAUGACUACAUGAAGAACCCACGAUCGGUUAUCCUCCCCGUGAUACCCGCCUACGCGGAUCUUGCCACUCAGAAAAUCGACCAGAGGGCCCGCGAGAUCGAUCCAGAUGGCUCGAGAACGCUACGCAUUCUCACAAAGCCAGACAUGGUUGACAAAGGGACGGAACAGAAGGUGGUAGAUCUGGUCAAUCGGGGCGGCUCAAAGACCAAAUUCGGAUGGUUUGUGGUGCGAAACCUGAAUCACAAGGAGCUACAAGAGAAAACCGUCGAGAGAGACGCGGCCGAAAAAGAGUGGCAAGCCAAGCCACCAUGGUCCUCGGUCGACAAGGAUAGGUGGGGAAUCGAAGCACUCAGGUUACGCCUUCAGGAGAUACUGUCAUUGAUAUUGCGGAAGGAGUUUCAGUCGGUACGAUCAGAGAUUGGGAGCAAGCUCAAUCAGGCCAAAGCCGCACUACAUGGCCUGGGAGCUGAACGGGAAACUGCCACUCAUCAACGAGCAUACUUGCUUGACAUCAUUUCCAAGUUUCAGACAAUCGCUCAGAACGCAAAAACCAUCAACUAUGGCGCAAACAAUUAUUUUGAUGAAGCCCAGGAGCUCAGACUAGCAACUCUAAUUGUCAAUCGAAACGCCGAAUUCGCGAAUGAUGUGGAAAAGCGAGGCCACCUGCGGGAAUUCCAGACCGACGAUGGCAGCUCUGAUCCAACCACAACAUUGGACUCUGAAGAAGAAAGAAAUACCAUUUCCAGUCGGAAGGUUGGCCCUUGCGCUGAGCUCGAAGAUAUUCUACCUGAGCCAGCUGAAGUCUCCGAGCCUCUUGCGAACAUAACCGAUUGGCUCAACAGGGUGUAUAUCGACUCUCGGGGGUUUGAACUAGGCACCUUCAGCCCUGCACUACUAGCCACUACUAUGAAGAAGCAAUCCACAAAGUGGCCGACUCUGGCAGAAGGUUACAUCAGCGACGUUAUUACAAUCGUCCACUCCUUUGUGCUGAAAACACUUGAAUACGCCUGCCCCAACAGAAUGGUCCGCGAGAGCCUUCUGCCACGAAUAAUGGAUAAUCUGUUGGAUCGGUAUACCCAGGCACUCAAACAGGUCCACUUCCUGUCGCACAUUGAGCUCUCCGGGACACCAAUUACAGUCAAUCACUACUUUGCUGACAACUUGCAAAAAGAUCGGCAAAAUCGGAUGAUGAAAUCGGUGGAAAGUGACACAUUCUAUGGCAGUGGUAACAAGAAAGCUGUCUGGUUGAGUGCUUUCACCAGGGCGAACCAUCUGAGUAACAGAGAACACACCGUUAACGAGAUCCACGAUAUUCUCAAGUCAUAUUACAAAGUGUCCCGCAAGAGGUUUGUGGACAACAUUUGUAUGCAGGCCGCGGACUUCCAUCUUCUCUCCGGACCAGAUACGCCUAUAUCUCUGUUUACGCCAUCCUUCGUGAACAAUCUGACGGACGGGGAGCUGGAGGACAUAGCUGGAGAAGACUCUGCGGUAAAAAGGAUUCGAGCGCAGCUCAAGAAGGAGAUUCGGGAUCUUGAGGCUGGAAAGAAGAUAACCUCAUAA